CAGAGACUCCGCCCCUCCCUGCUUCUUCCUGACUGCCAGCGACAAACCUGAGCCGGGUGUUUGGAAACUGCUGGGCAGGUGAUUGCGCUCCAAAUGAAGAUGUUUGAGAGCCUUGACUCUUCAGCUACAAAAUCUGGCCGUGAUCUCUGGGCCGAAAUCUGCUCUUGUCUGCCAAAUCCUGCCCAAGAAGAUGUUUCCAACAAUGCCUUCUCGGACUCCUUUAUGGAUUCCCAUCCUGCAGGUGAAGGCAGUGUGGCGGCGGCAGACUCUGCUGUCCAGCCAGCCUUAAAGCCCUGGGCUCCCUUGCAUGAUUCAGAAGUGUAUUUAGCAUCUCUAGAGAAGAAACUAAGAAGAAUCAAAGGUUUAAACGAGGAAGUAACUUCCAAGGACAUGCUUCGAACUCUGGCCCAAGCUAAGAAGGAAUGCUGGGAUCGAUUCCUCCAGGAGAAGUUAGCCUCGGAGUUUUUUGUGGAUGGACUUGAUUCCGAUGAGAGCACCUUGGAACAUUUCAAAAGGUGGCUCCAGCCAGAUAAAGUCGCCAUCAGCACAGAGGAGGUCCAGUUUCUCAUCCCUCCUGAGUCGCAGGCCGAGAAGCCAGAGGCCAGGGACGAGCCAGCGGCAGCAGAACAAUAAAUUACACACACAUACGCCAAGCAGCUGUCUGGGGCCCAGGGGGAACAGUGGAGAGCUUGACAGCACGGCUGCAAGGAGAAAUCCAGGGAGGGGGAAAAGCCCAGACUUCCACUGCGCAAAGCAAACAGCUGCUGGCCCCUGGGGACUUGCUUAGAGCUGCCAUGUGUGACUGUCCUGGAUGAAGUGAGGGACCCAGUAUGCGCUGGAUCAAAACACUGCUGUCCUUCAUGUCUUACAGCUUGACCGCACGCUGCUGCUGCUGCUGCUGCUGCUGCAGGUUAGAGGUCUGUAAGGACCCAGUGAAGAGCAGAGCAGGAAAGUGCAUGGAGACGCUGGAGCUUGUAUAUAAUGGAUCAGUCCAGCGAGCUGUGUUUUCUCUCCCUCUGGAUUUUCAUGCCUGUGUCGCAGGCAUUCCAUAGUUAAGUAGUCAGGAACAAGUGUAGCCAAGGACAGUGAAGUCAGUCUCCUUGAGUCCAAGCCCUUGCUGGGCGUGCUUUCUCACUCAUUGUAAAAGGACAGACUCUCUGGAACCUGGCUUUUCCUUUUGAUUUGUUCCUUUUGUCAAAAAAUGGGGAGAAAAAGUGUAAAACUGUGGGUGUUUAUAUCUGUGUAGAUAUAUCUUCUAUUUCAUGGCUUCUCCCCCAGCUUCUCCAUGUAGGAACUUUACACAUUCCAAAUUAGACUUGUAAAUAUGGUUUAGUGUUUGACACAACUCUUGAUUAAUUCUAAACUCGCUUCCCGUGGCGGGCUCCCCGACUGAGCUUGCAUUUACUCCUUGUUUAUUGUGUUGUUCAUGUAAAGUUUGAGUUGUCUAUGUAAAACUUUCUCAUUGAAACAACGGUAUAGUGUGGGGGGGGUGCCAUUGACCCAUUUCCUCUCACAUGAACAAGGGAAGUAAAGACAAAUGUAUGCCAAGGCAGGGAGCCAGCAACCUUUCCCAGCCUGAUGUGCAUAGCAAGUUCCCGGAUAGCCAGGGCUACAUAGACAGACCCCAUCUCACAAAAGGAAAAGGUUGGGGGCUGGAGAGAUGGCUCAGCUGCACUGGCUGCUCUUCCAGAGGUCCUGAGUUCAAUUCCCAGCAACCACAUGGUGGCUCACAACCAUCUGUAAUGGGAUCUGAUGCCCUCUUCUGGCACACAGGUGUAAAUGCAGAUAGAACAUUCAUAUACAUAAAAUAAAUAAAAAAGUAUUUUCUUAUUUCAUUAUUUAUUUUACUUAUGUCUAUGUAUGUUUGCCUGUGUGAGUUUAUGUAUACCAUGUAUGAGCAAGAGCCCAUGAUCACCGGAAGAGGAGGUCAGAUCCUUUGCAACUGAAGUUACAAGUGGUUGUAAGAUGCCACGUGGAUGCUGGGUGGACCCAGGUUUUCUGCAAGGGCAAUAAAUGCUUUUAACUGCUGACGUGUCUCUCCAGUCCCAGGUCUCUUGUUUUUAACAUGUUUCUGACAGUUUACACUGAAAUGUUCUGUGGUAAGAUUCUGGGGCUGUGGCUCCUGGGUGACAGUGUCCAAAUCCAUAAUGAUAAGAAGUAUGCUUAAAACUUUUUAGAGAGGGGGCUGGCGAGCUGGCUCAGUGGUUAAAAGCACCAACUGCUCUUCCAGAGGUCCUGAGUUCAAAUUCCAGCAACCACAUGGUGGCUCACAACCAUCUAUAUGCCCUCUUCUGGUGUGUCUGAAGACAGCAACAGUGUGCUCACAUAAAAUAAAUAAAUUAAAAAAAA